UGAAGCGCCAUCCAUUGGCGGGGUUUAUGAAAAUUUCGGACCAAAAAUUUCAUAAACCCCGUCUUUUUUUCCCCAAGCCUUCAAAACACCAAAAUCCCUAACACCCCUCUCACUCACCUCUCUCAUCACUCUCACUCUCGAUCACUCUACCGCUGCUCUCCCAAACUUUGACCGACGAAAGCUUUCAUACAAGGCUUUGUUGAAGAGAGGGGAGGAAGCAGGACCAUCGUCAAGAGGGUCUUCAUCAGCUUGUGUUGGUGAUCAAAGACAAGAGAAGCAAAAGGAAAUGGGCGAGAAGCCAAGGGAAGUUCGUGGGGUUGUAGAAGAAGAAGAAGAGGAAGAAGAUCAUGAUGAUGAUGGUGUUGUUGGUGGUUAUGUUCCAGGGCCUUUGGUUUUACUCAAGGAGCAGAUUGAGAAAGACAAGGAUGAUGACAGCUUAAGAAGGUGGAAAGAGAAGCUGCUUGGUUGCUUGGAAAGUGAUUUAAAUGGCCAAAUGGAGCCUGAAGUCAAAUUCCACUCCAUUGGGAUCAUCUCCGAUGACUUUGAGGAGAUUACUACUCCCUUGCCAAUUGAUGACAAUCGAAGUGGUCAUGACCUGUUCACUCUCAGGGAGGGAUCGCACUAUCGGCUUAAGUUGACAUUCAGUGUUCUGCACAACAUAGUUUCGGGCCUGACCUACACCAACACAGUGUGGAAAGGGGGACGUCAAGUUGAUCAAAGCAAAGGAAUGUUGGGCACCUUCGCUCCUCAAUAGGAACCAUAUGUGGACGCCCUAGAGGAGAAGACGAUUCCAUCUGGUGUGCUUGCAAGGGGGACCUACUCGGCAAAGCUUAAGGUGUGUGCAUGUGAUGAGAUAGCCAUGCUUUUGAGGGAAAAUACUCAGGAUCUCUUUAACUCAUAAGUUUCUGAUAGGCUGUAAAUUGCAUGGCAGAAUCUGUGGUAAUUACUUGGCAUUCACAAGAUUUGCCAACAAAUUUGUUUCUUUUUACGGGCAUGGGAGGAGUAAUUUUGAAUAUUUUGCAUAAUUUGUUAACUCAUGUCUCAUGGUGUUCAUUUCAAGGACACUUCUAAUUACAAAUCCAAAUUAUGGGGCACUUAGGACAAACCACCAUUAUAUGCAAACCACCAUAUAUGCAAGCUUACAUUUUUGCAGAUUAUAUGUGAUCAGGACCUUUUUGUGGAAAUGCCUGGGAGAGACCCUUCAGAUAGGUGGUUUAUGUAACUUGUUUUGGUAUUUAAUCACUUUUAUUUAGAUUACUGUGGACCUUAGAAUGCAUUUAGUGUCUCUAAGUAGCACAAAUUUCUAUAUGUGAACUUGUUUAUUUG